AUGCGAGAGAAUAAGCUGUUCGAGAACCUCAAGAAGUGUAUAUUCGCAGCGAACGAUAUACCGCUUCUUGGCUGCAACGUGGGCAAAAACGGUGUACGCCCUGAUCCGAAAAAGUUCAAGGCGAUUAGCGACUGGCCUUUGCCGGUUGACGUGAAGGAACUUCGAAAGUUCCUUGGCUUAGCGGCGUACUUGCACAAGUACUCGCGCAACUACGCCAGGAUGACCGUACAUCUCUCUGGUUUGUUAAAGAAAAAAGAGAGGUGGUCAUGGAGUGCUGAGUGUCCGCACUCUUUUGAAGGUGUCAAGAAAACCUUGAUGCAAUCGUCUGUGUUAGCGAUUGCAGACCAGGAUAGACCAUUCCACGUGGUCUGUGACGCCAGCGAUUCUGCAAUCGGCUGUGCGUUAAUGCAGUACGACUCAGACGGCGUUGAGCGCGUCGUCUGUUAA